AUGAAUCUCUUGGCCUUUUUAACUCUCCUCGGCCUCGGCUCACUGGUUGCUGCGCAAAGACAUAGCGACUUUCCCGCCAACAAGUACUUCUGCUGUGGCAACGGAAGAACGAACGAUGGUCUUACGCGGAAUUGCUGUGGUCGCAACACCUUUAUUCCGCGGGUAGGUGAAAGUAUACCUUCGUGCGAUCUCACGGAUAACUCCAACCCAACUGGGUUCAUAAACUGUUGUAGAGGAAGUGGAUGGAAGACUUGCGGCCCGGAAAUCUAA